AUGGGGAAAGUCUUCUUCAUUACCGGCACCAGCACUGGCUUUGGUGCCGAACUGGCCAAGAUCGCUCUGGAACGCGGGGACUCUGUAGUUGCUACAGCUCGCGAUUCCUCGAAGCUAAAGUUUGACGGAGCCACUGAAUCGAACUAUCUUGCUGUCAAUCUUGACGUAACCUCGAAAGAUCAAAUCGAGAAUGCUUUCGACGCAGCUAUCAACAAAUUCCACACUAUCGACGUGGUAGUCAACAAUGCAGGCUAUGGACUGUCUGGAGAAUUCGAGUCACUGAGUGAAAAGCAGAUCAGAGCUCAAAUGGAGGUCAACUUCUUCGGUCUUAUCGAUGUCACACGGAAAGCUCUUGAAGUUUUGAGGGCUCAGGGCACGGGCGGAAGGAUUCAGCAGGUCACGUCCAUCGGCGGCCAAGUUGGCGUGCCAACAUUCUCUAUCUAUUGCGCAAGUAAAUGGGCGAUUGAGGGCUUCACUGAGGCAUUGUCCCUGGAACUGAAGCCGGAGUGGAACAUCCACUUGACCUGUAUAGAACCAGGCGGUUUCCGAACCGAUUGGGCCGGUCGAAGCAUGCACUUUGGUGAGAACAAGAACCCAGCAUACGACCACAUCGACGCCAAAACAGCCAUGGGCAAACGUAACGGUACUCAGGCGGGAGACCCAUACAAAGCUGCCCUUGGAUACUACGAGCUCGCUAUGAUGCAAGAUCCGCCGUUGAGAUGCAUUCUUGGUACUGACGCAUACGCCACCAUCAACAAGAAACUCAAGACUUACGCCGAGAACGUCAAAAAGUAUGAGAAGUUGAGCAACUCGACAGAUGUUGAUGGCUACAAGGCUCCGUCAUAA